CCAAGGGAUUUUUCUUUGGCGCCAGGGACGUGCGAUUGCAGUUGGUGCGGCAAGGGCAGCACGGGUCGUCGUGGGAUUAUACCACAGUGUUGACGGAUGAUCAAAAUGUUGCGCAGAUGGGAACACGUACCGAUGCAACGACGGCGUUCGUGUCGGAAAAGCUGCGGUGGUACAAGGAUAAGACCGAAGAUGAUCGAGAUACCAUUGCAGCAGGUGGUCAGGAUAUCGACAGUGGGAAAUCGACCUCGAAGUCCUCUUCAGACGACCGCAACGGCCGCAAGGGAACAUCUUCGAGUGCCCAGAAGCCGGGAACAGUAGGUCGUUCCGCAAAAACAACUUCAAUUUACGCCGAGGGCCCUUUGCUCGAGAAUUACUGGUCGCUCCUCGCGAAAACGACGGUUGCGGGGCGGAAUUUCGGCUCGGCCUUGGACAUGUCCUUUGCUUUUUGGUCGCAGCGCACCUCCCCCGACGUGCUGCAGCGGCAGCUGGAUCUCGUGCAACUGCGACUCAGCCGGGUGAGGAUUCCUAAUGGGAAUGUCAGGUCACGACAUCGGAAUGUUGAAAAGAGGCCUGGGGCUGGAGCUGCAAGAGGGACGAGGACGUAUUUUCGUGGUUCUGUUGUGGAGCUACUUACAGCAGGGCAGGAGAUUCGCCUGGAACCGUUGCGCGAACAUCAAGCGCAGCUACUUCGGCAUGCGGCAGGGGAACAUCAAGCUCAGUCGAAAGCGCCGAAUGUGCAUGUCAAAUCUGCCGACGAGGAAGGAGACCACAGAGGAGGCGAGCAGCUAUCCGAAGAACCUGCUGGAAGAGGACAAGUACCGACCAUAGACGACACGAGAUUGCAAGUAGUGCCCGUCCAAGAACCGCGUUUUUUCGAGUACAGCAUGACCGCGUCGAAUUAUAGUCAUGACGACGUGCAGGACCAGGACCGUCUUCGUACGACAAGUUUGUUCGAGGAAUCAAGAACGUCAGCAUCAGGAGGAGACGAAGCUAAGACGGCUGAAAACGGAAAUAAGGGUACAACCCCGAACGUCACGAUCACGAAACCUUCUUCUAUGUUCAUGGUGGUUCCCAUCAUUUUUCUCUCCUUCACCUUGGUCUUCCGGGUGCACGUGGAUCAUGAAGAAGAAGCAGAUGACCGAGCUUCCGCCCCCUCGAGCGUUUCACCAUCUACUUUACCAGGGCAGGAACAGAAACAAAACACGGCUCUAGGGUCAUGCCCGGAGGACGAAGGUGUUGACGAUGUCGAAAUGCUUGACGCCACGGAAAGGGAAAAUUUUGUCGAGAAUAACGUUGUGUCCUACCACUAUUCUCAAGACCAGCGCUUCGUUCGGAACACGGCGAGGCUACUGCAGGGUCGUGACGGACACAAAAGCGGUGCCUUGGCAAUUUCUGCUGGGUCUAGAGCUCCAAAUUCUUCCUCUCUCGCCAGGAAGAUCUUUCACGCUCUCGCUCAGGACCACACAAAGAGCGCCGCAGGGGUGGAUAAAAAGCGACCAGCGAAGGCCGCCGCCCACACAGAAAAGCAACAGAAACGGGAAGACGCGGGAAAAAUCGCGGAAAAAGAGAAAGAAAACGAGAAUGAUUCCGAGCUACCAAGAAAUCCUGACCGCAUUCUGGUUUGUCACGAUAUCUACGCCGAGGAGAAGUCUUGGCUGGAACCGCUUUUCAGAAACGAGAAACUAAAUGGCGGUCAAGAACCAUUAGCAGAAUUCGUCGCAGAUCCGGUAUCUCUCGCGACCACGGUUGGGCUCGGGUUUUCGGAAGACGAGCACGAGAUGAGUAAAAAGCAUCAGCAUGAUGUUGCUGCCACAAAAGUGAAAUCGUUGGGUCCAUGGUCGUUGAGCCAGCAGCUCCCAACUUUCGUCCACCUGCGUUGGGACCUGAUUGAGCAGGCAAACGGUACCUACCACCGCGACGAGGUGUUGCAGUUUCUCUGCACACUGCUGCGGCCGGAGCAGGAUCAGAAAAAAAUUCUCCUCAUCACGGGCCUCUGCUCAGCCUUCUCGCUCGAGCAUCCACCAUUGGACGCUUCUGACGCUGGAAACAAGAAAAGAGAAAAGAACAAAGUGGGAGAUCAAGGUGACAAGGACACUGCUGGCGGAGGGACAUCAAAACAGAGAAACUUUUUCGAGAAGCUGUUCUCAGCCGACCAAUUGCUCGAAGAUGUGGCGGAAUUGCUGAAGACCGAGCAAAAAUGCGUGACGCCUGACAUGGACUGGAAUCUUCCACUGCGGGCAGCAAUGUCCGAGGUGCAUGAGAAACACGAACAUGAUAACGACGAAACCUUGAACCACGGUGCUCGCGUGUUAGAUCGCACACCAGGAGCUCCUGCACAUGGAACUACAAAUAACAACGUAAAUCACGACGACACGAGAACGACAGCAGGGCUAAGGAACGGAGCGAGUACAUCUACGAGUAGUACCGGAGCACCAGCUAGUGCGCGAAAUACAAGAGACGACCACCACGACGACCCCAACCAUUCACGAAAACCAACUUCCACGACGCCGACACAGCACCACGCAAUUCCGUGGAAAUCGCACAUCAACAACGAGAACUGGCUGCGGUAUCAGCAGCGAAACCACGAGAACACCAUUCUCGCGGAAAAGUUGAAGGUGUGCGUUGUCGGGUUGACCAUCGGAGCUGCGGGCGGGGGAAAGUUUUUGUACCGUGAGGCUUGGAUGGGGGGAGCUGGAGCGGAUACUGGAAGAGGGGGACAAGACGACCAAGACGACUCUGAGGAACAACGAUUGCAGCUUUCUACGGACUUGGUCCGCGCAAGAGAAAAGUCGAAGCAAGAACUGGGCAAUCUGACCUCGAAAUCGGCGACGUGGCGGUCCUUUUUCGAGAAGAAUGCGUUUCUGGACAAAGACGGCCGGACGAUGCAUCUGCUCACAGAGGAAAUUGCGGAGGCGGUGAAGAAUGUGUGGCUCCUGGAUGAAAAAGACGCAGCCAGUACAACAACUCGGGGACCAAAAGCAGGAGCUGACGACAUGGAAAAGCGCGACGAGCAUGGAGGGCAACAGGCUGGAGGUCAUGUUGAUCCUGCUGCGGAAACAGCAGCACUGGACGUCGACUCGUCAAUAGGACAAAACGACUCGUCCGUUCAGCCCGACGUAGAGCAAUUGUGUGCCGAUUUGAUGGAGUCGCUGAGCCACGAGGACGAAACGUUUUACACAAGUACUGUAACGACAACAUCACCCUCCCGGCCUUUUGGAAACAACCAUCAACGCGGCCAACAGUACCAUAAUUCUCAGGCACCACUUGUCCAGCAUCGGAAAGAUAAGCUUUUCGGGCUCCAGAAACAGCGACAAGAGCUUGCGGACGCGAUCCUUUGGCCCCGGUUCUUGCCACACUACUUUGAGGCUAUGGGCCUCACGGACGCGAGUCAGCAGCAGGCUGUGUUGCUGACCGGGCCUAGUGGGAGCGGCAAAACUUUUUUGGGCGUCGAGUGGCUAAAAGCCUGGCUGGAACGUUUCGCGGAAGCCGCUGCUGCUGCGGCAACUGCAUCGAGAAGGACCAAAACUCGAAAAGAAAAAGCAAGAAAAGAACACUGGCGCGUCCGGGUUGUCCACGCGACCGAACUAAUCUCCUCUUUCGUCGGAGAGUCUGAAGAAAAUCUGCGCAGGAUCUUAAAUGAUGACACAGCUUCCCGAGGAGCGUCAGCAGCAGGAAAACAAGACGCAGCAGAUAUCGUCCCCGAUGAAGGAGACGCAGCACUACAGCAGAACGACAACGAGCUGCUGGUCUUUGAAAACAUUGACCAGUGGCUUGCGCGACCGGACGACGACAACGACGAUGCAACCGGCGCAGUUCGCAAUCGGCUGCUGACCACCUUUCUCGUCGCCCUUGACGGCAUCGACAGCAGAACGGAGAGGAACGCGGGACCUCAGCGCGUCCUUGUGUGUACCACGACCAAACCUGCCGAAAAUUUUCCGCCCUCGAUCCUCCGCCCCGGCCGGCUCAAGCCGAUUGCGGCGUGUGGUAGUUUGUACAGCAGGAAGCACGACUUCGAUUGCAAGAAAGAGGAGAAAAAAGCGGAAAUCGCGUUCCACUUUUUGAAACAGGACUUGGACCAGGUGUUUUCGGAAAUUGAAAUGAUGAGCAGUGAGAGAAAUAAUGCCGCCAGCACAAGUACUGGCGCAGCUGAAGCACGACCGGGAGAAGAACACCAUCAGGCACAGAUCCAGAAGAUCGCGACCAAGAUUUUAAACGAAAAGGUUGUGAAGAUGCGAAGCUACUUGGAAGCGGAAACAGUUGGCGCGGUCGAACGUGCUGUGGGGGAAAUCUUCCGCACGGCAGACUCGGUCGCGCAGGCUUUGGGCGGUAGUGCUUAAAGACGCACGAGGUGGCUUUCGACUUCUUACGAGAAGCAGCUUCGCAAAGGCUGUGCAAAACUGCUAUUUGUAUUUCUCAUGUACGCACACGCAGAUUAAAAGAAAAGAGCAGAUAGCGAUCUUCUAUCUUUUUGCGCGAGACGGCGCUCAAGAAUACGAAAAGAAAACUCGCGACAAAGUAAGAUGAUCCUCUGCAAAAGCAAGCGACGUAUUCGUAUUACGCAUUUUAUGAAUGUCUAGAUUUAGUGGUCCGGGUUUUUUAUCUUUACAGUGCGCAAGAAAAAAAAAGAAAAAGUGUUUCACAUAGAGUUCGGGUGCCAGCACUGCAAGCAUAAAGACAGCGCGUCUACAAC